AUGGCCGCGGCUUCAGCCCAGCAGCACAGGCACCCCAAGCGCCGCCGCCUCGCCCUCUCCCUCUCCCUCUCCCUCUCCUCCUCCCCCACCCCCAAACCCGUCGCGCCGCCGCUCGACACGCUGGCCGACGAGCUGCUCUUCCUGGUGCUGGACCGGGUGGCCCAGGCCGACCCGCGGGCGCUCAAGUCCUUCGCUUUGGCCUCCCGCGCCUGCCUCGCCGCGGAGUCCCGGCACCGCCGGACGCUCCGCCCGCUGCGCGCGGACCUCCUCCACGCCGCGCUGGUGCGGUACCCGUGCGCCACCCGCCUAGACCUCUCCCUCUGCGCGCGUCCCCGACGCCGCCCUCGCCUCCGCCGCCUCCUCCUCCUGCUCCGCCCUCCGCGCCGUCGACCUCUCCCGCUCCCGCGGGUUCGGCGCCGCGGGUGCCGCCGCGCUCGCCGCCGCGUGCCCGGGCCUCGCUGA